AUGGCGACAACAUCGAUCGUCACUGAGGACUCGUUGGAAGUCAAACACGUGGACAAUGACGGAGAAGAGGGUGGAAAAAUCGAGGACAUUGCCGACCGCGAGGAGUAUUUCGUAAAGCCGCUCUACACCUACUACUGCACCUGUGGACAGAUGGCGUUGAUCUCCGACACGUUACUUGCAAGGCUACCAUUGAGGAAACGCGAUCGAGCCCGAGUAGUCGAUCCGCAAAGAACAACAGCUCAAUCGUUUGCCGACGUUGGAGACACUGUCUAUGUGAAAAGAGACGGCCUCGGUCUUGAGCAGCAAUACCGGAAGAAUUGUCGGGGCUGUCAAGUGCCGAUCUUCUAUCAGCAUCCCUUCAAGAAGUUAACCUUCAUCUUUCAGGAUGCACUACUUUCUGCACAAGAAGUUGGUGGUUUUUCUGGAAACAACGAGGAGCAAAGGACGAAAAAGGUGAUCAUGAUGAAACACGUGAAGAACCAAGGAAAGCAAGGAUCGGUGACGGUGUCGACGAUUGAAGAAGAAGAGGAGGAAAUUGAAGCGAGAGAAACCGAGGAGAGCUACACGAUGAACGCCAAGAUCAUCCAGGAGGCGAUGAGGAAGAAAAAUGUGAUAACGGGCGCCUCGAAACGUGCGAUGGAGGCCGGUUUGAUGGGACCGCCAAAGAAAAAGAAAGGAUCGUUAUUG